AAAGAAGAUAGAAAAAAUACUAGAACGAGAUUGAUGAGAAGAAUGAUUCCAACAUCGUUUUCAAGUAAGUUUCAAGGAGUAAUUAGUAUGAAUGCGUUGAGAUGUUACGUAUCUGAGUUCAUCUCUACCUUCUUCUUCGUCCUCGCUGCCGUUGGUUCCGUCAUGGCUUCAAGGAAACUGAUGGCGGGUGAUGUGUCGGGUCCUUUUGGUGUAUUAAUACCGGCGAUUGCGAAUGCGUUUGCGUUGUCUUCGUCUGUUUACAUCUCUUGGAACGUCUCUGGUGGCCAUGUUAAUCCGGCGGUUACGUUUGGUAUGGCGGUUGCUGGUCGGAUUAGUGUUCCGACCGCUAUGUUCUAUUGGACUUCUCAGAUGAUUGCCUCUGUUAUGGCUUGUCUUGUCCUUAAAGUAACUGUCGUCGAACAGCACGUACCGAUCUAUAAGAUUGCCGGAGAAAUGACUGGAUUUGGAGCAUCGGUUCUUGAAGGUGUUUUAGCGUUUGUCCUGGUUUAUACUGUUUUCACGGCUAACGAUCCGAGACGUGGUUUACCUAUAGCCGUAGGACCUAUAUUCAUAGGGUUUGUUGCGGGAGCCAAUGUUCUAGCCGCUGGUCCCUUCUCUGGAGGGUCUAUGAACCCGGCGUGUGCCUUUGGGUCAGCGAUGGUUUACGGGAGCUUCAAGAACCAAGCUGUGUAUUGGGUUGGGCCUCUGCUUGGAGGAGCCACAGCUGCGUUAGUGUAUGACAACGUGGUGGUUCCGGCAGAAGAUGAUCGUGGUUCAUCUACUGGAGAUGCCAUUGGUGUGUAA